GGGCAGUCGGGGUCGUGUCAGGGGCAGGCGGCAGGACAACAGCAGCAGCAGCAGGAGGAGGCGGCGGCAGCAGGAGGGAGCGCAGGAGCGAGGAAAGAGGUGACGUGGUCGUCCAUUUCGGGUCUUACGGAGGUCAAGAUGCUGCUGCAGGAGGCUACGGUGCUGCCCACGCUGCGACCCGACCUCUUCCAGGGCAUCCGCCAGCCCCCCGGGGCGCUGCUGCUGUUCGGCCCCCCCGGCACCGGCAAGACGCUGCUGGCGCGGGCAGUGGCGGCGGAGAGCCGCGCGGCGUUCUUCCCAGUAACAGGCAGCAGUGUGUUGUCCAUGUGGUACGGCCAGAGCGAGCAGAACGUGCGGGCGCUGUUCGAGCGGGCGCGCAGGCGGCAGCCGGCCAUCAUAUUCAUCGAUGAGGUUGACUCUCUGCUGGGUCGUCGCGGGGGGUCGGAGGGUCGCGACUCCGCGCCCGACAAGCGAGUCACCAACGAGUUCCUGGCCUUCAUGGACGGCAUUCAGACGCAACAGCAGCAGGGGGGACAGCAGGGGCGGAAGGGGCAGCAGGGGCAGGGUCGGCAGCAGCCGCAGGGCGGUGGGGGCGGCGGAGGCGGUCCGGGAGGCGGUCCGGGGGGUGUGAUUGUGAUCGCCGCCACCAAUGCGCCCUGGGACCUGGAUGAGGCGGCACUCAGCAGGUUCUCCCGCCGCAUCUACGUGCCGCUGCCCGACCCCGCCACCCGGGAGGCCCUCAUGCGUAGGGCCAUGCAGGGUGUGUCCUGCUCCCUGUCCGACCCCGACUGGCGGCGCCUGGCGGAGCGGUGCGACAAGUACUCGGGUCGGGACCUGGUGCAGGUCUGCAGGGAGGCCGCCAUGCGACCGCUGCGGGAGCUGUGGGGCAGACGCCUGCUGGAGCCCGAGUCACCACCACCCCCAGCAGCAGCAGCUGACACCACCUGCCCCUCAGCUAGAAGCACCACCACCACCACCGCUACCGCUGCCACCACACCCACCGGCAGCGGUAACAGCGGCACUAACGCCACCGGUACCGGCAGCAGCCCCCCCAGCGGUGC